CUUAUCAACAGCAGAAAUUGAGUCAACUUCUUAUCAACUAAGUCAAUCUGACAUAUCUAUAAUUAAUUUUUUAACAUCUUAAAUAACAACAUCAAUAUCGACAUCUUUUCAGUACUUUCUCUGGCAAAGUGUUUUCGCCUUUGAAUAUAUAAGUGAGAGUUAAGAGUUACUAUAAUAUACAUAAACUACUUGGUCGUAGUAGCGAGUGGCCAAAUUAAGAUUCAUUGGAAAGCUUGUCUAUUCUUUCCUAUAUGUUUUUUUUUCAAUAGAUAUCAAAUAUAUAAUUAAUAAUCCAUAGCUUGUUCAUUUGAUCAAAUAUAACGUUAACUUGUGGUAGCAACGAGAACGAGAAGAAGAAGAAGGAGGAGUAAUGACGAUGAUGGAGUGGUGGUUGGGUUCAUCAAGUCAGAGAAACAAACACGCAGUUAAGGUGACUCAGUUAAAGCUUCAACUAGGACUUUUUGGAGCCAAAGUGUCCACUACCGUAAACGACAAAUUAUCCAUUGAAAUAACAUGGAUUAACAAAGGAAAUAAUCAAAACUCUUCUCCUUCUUGUUCGAUAAUUCCUUUUCAUCAUCGUACCUUAAAACGACCAUGUACUCAUACCACACCCUGUCGUACAUUCAUCACUGCCGGAAAAACUCCUUCUCUCGUUUGGGAUGAUCGUGACCUCUGUGUUUUUGAACUCGGACUCAAAGAUGUUUGCCACGUCGCGUUUCAUGUUUUAUAUGGAGAGGGUGAAGCAAAAGAUAGAAGGACGGUGGUCGGAAAAGUUUCUAUGACCCUUGCCAUGGAGGAGAUGAAGAUAGAAUCCAAUGUUCAAAGAAAGCUUCCAAUACGGUUGAAAGUCAAUGGUUUAAUCUUCGAAGCUACCCUUUCGAUUUGUCUAAGGUUAUGUGACUCAGCAAGAACAACCUUUGAAAACACGGCAAAGUCAGAUAAGAAACACGGAAUUAUAGAAAAAGUGAAAUAUUUAACAUGUUUGACAAAGAAAAACAAUGGCACCAUGUUUGAUUCUUACGAGUCAGACGAUUCUCCCGUGUUUGACUCGGACGACUCAUCGAACGAGUCCACAACUAGCGGUGGCAGUUCAACUAGCAACAGCCCCAAAGAGCCAAGAAUCACGUUUCUAACCUCAGAAAAAAGGACAAAUUUGAACACACUCCAAGGCAAUGCAAGUAAAUGGGAAAUCAAUUAUAUUUUAAGCAGAGAUUGUCAAACAAAGCUCAAAACAAACGUGUUUUUUGCUUCCUUUGAUCAACGAAGUGAAAAAGCCUCUGGUGAAAGUGCAUGCACGGUUUUAGUUGCGUUAAUAGCUCACUGGCUUCAUUCCAAUCAAGGUAUACCAACAAGAACACAAUUUGAUAACCUCAUCACACAAGGUUCAUAUGAAUGGAGAAAGUUAUGCAAAAGUGAUUAUUACUCGAAGCUCUUUCCAGAUAAACAUUUUGAUUUAGAGACAGUCAUAGAUGCCAAUUUGAGGCCUAUAACUGUUCUUCCUCAGAAAUCAUACACAGGUUUUUUCUCUCCGGAGAAGUUUCAUUGCUUAGAAGGAGCUAUGUCUUUUGAUGAGAUUUGGAAAGAGAUAAAGAAUAACAAGAUGGAUGAUUUUGAAGCAAGGGUUUACAUAGUUAGUUGGAAUGAUCAUUUCUUUAUUUUGAAGGUAGAGGUUGAUGCUUACUAUAUCAUUGAUUCUUUGGGGGAGAGACUUUUUGAAGGGUGUCAAAGAGCAUUUGUGUUGAAGUUUGAUGAUUCAAGUGUUGUGUAUGGGAAAAAAGAUGAAGUUGGUGGUGUGAAGAGUAAUUCAAGAGGUGAGGAAAGUUUUGAGGUAGUUUGUCGCGGAAAAGAGUGUUGUAAAGAGUUUAUCAAACGGUUUCUAGCUGCGAUAUUAGUUAGACAAUUAGAGAAAGAAGAGAGAAAAUGGAUUGUUUCGAAUCCUAACCUUCAUCGACAAUUACAAAUUGAUUUUCAUUUUAGUUUGCAACUGCAAUUAGGAAAGAAGCAAUCAUAAGUUUAAAGAAUUUUGACUGUUAGAUGAAGAUCGAAUAAUUUGUAUUUUAAUUUUAUAAAAUUCAUCUCUAUAUUAUAUUUUGAACUUUUAAAUGUU